AGGCAGGGGUGGAGUAACUGGUGUAACUAUGAAAAGCUUUGAAACCCAGUAGAAACUGGUUUCAGUCUCAGCAACAGACUCAACAAGACAGGUUGAAUCCAGCCAAAGACAAAAAUGAGCGCUAAAGGAACUGGUGAGCCACCUCCCUAUAUAAUACCAGUAGAGAACAAGGGUGAUGUCAAGGUUUAUCAUGUGCACACGCCGUUUACCCCACAAGGCACCACUAUCAAUGACUCCCAAGUACGAGUGGAAUCCAGAGGUGUUCAAUCAGCAGAUGCCAAAAACAAAUUCGUCAGCUACGAAUCAUACGAGCUGGGUCGUAAACCAGGAAGGGCCACCUGCACUAGCUGCCAACAGCAAGUCUUAACCAACGUCGACUACAAAGUGGGAACCUACGCAUGGUUGAUGUGCCUACUUUUCAUUCUGUGCGGGUUGGUUGUGUUCUGCUGUCUGAUUCCCUUCUUCGUCAAGUUUUUCAAAGACGCCUAUCACACAUGCCCGAAAUGCAAUAGGAUCCUCCACAUUGACAAGAAGCGAUGCUGCUAACCUCAUCUCUACCGUGAUUUUAACAGUGCUUGUGGAUUUGUGUGGCACCUUACACAAUAUGAAGGACUGGAGGACACUUUUAGACCAACAGGGAUGUCAUCUACAUGUAUAAAUAUCUAGAAACUAAUGUUUUGAAACCUUUGUUAUUAAGACCCUUUUGGUGUGCAAUAAGUCUUUAUUAUAACCAAUAUUGUAAAAUACUACAUCAAACUGAAAAAUCAAUACUCAAAACUUUGAUUGUUUCUAGAUUUUUUCUGUUUAUGUAUAAAGGACUCAAGGUUUGGGGUUGAAAGGAUUGAGGUGGUCAACCUGGGUGACAAUGGGGCGGUUUCCCCGGACAGGGAUUAGACUAGUCCUAGACUAAAAUAAAUGUAAGACCUGUCCAAACUGAAAACAACCUGCACUGACAUAUCAUAAAAUACAUCAGUGCCAUUUGUUUUGCCUCAAAAUGCACACAAGUGAUGUUUUUAGUAAGGCAUGUUUGUUAAAACGAGUUAUAUUUCCUAAUGAAACUAAGACCUAGUCCUGACUUAAGCUAAUCCCUGUCCGGGAAACCACCCCAUAAACUAGAAGCCCAAUGGUUUUUGUUAAGUACAACAUCAGAUGGACUAUAAUUUAGCAGGAAUGUCUGUAAUUUAGCAAUGUCUCACACCACAUAGAAACCAGAUGAUAUCUCAUAAAUAUAACAAUUCCAAUCAUAUGACAAAAUCUCACGUGUUGUCUUUGGAUAUUGUUCAGUGAUAAUAAUUAACUUUGUUAAAACUCUGCUUUUAGAAUAUCCUUCACCACAAUGAUGUAUGUUCAUCUUUAUAGCUCUCAUAACAAUAAAGCUGACUAUAUGGUAUUCACACAAAAUGCUAAAAAAAACAUGAAGCAAAAAUGCCUUCUCCGUGAACCGGUUCCUAUUUAUGUGAAUUUUAUGAGAUUAGUUUAGGCUACAGAACGAAAUCAAGUAUUAGCAAAAAGUGAAUGUAAGUUUACAAUAAAGUAAGACUCACCAA